AUGUUUUUCCUUAAAGUUUCUCGAGCCGCGCUAGCAUCCUCCAUACGGAGUCGCAACCUUUCAACGGCCAGAAUCAGCUGGACAGCCAUCAAAACAUUGCAAGAAAAAGUUAAUCCCUACGCGAAAAUUCGUAUCAACUGUGCGUACGAUCUGAAAAUUGUUCCCUUCGAUUUGCUGGACUGUCCCGAUUCCAAUAUGCUCAAGGCAACGAUUAAGCAGGGCAACAAGGUAGACAGUCUUGCGGUAGAAAUUUCCGACAAAAUCGUCACUAUUACGAGCGAUCCGGAUACCGGUGGGGCGGAAUGUAUUCUGGAAGUUCCAAUCAAGGCAGACUUGCAGAUCCGUAACAGUGGAACCACCUCGCUGGCGGACCUAUACAGUGACGAGAUAGAAAUCGUCGGUACCGGCGACAUCGAGACACGAAGCCUUCGUUCGACGAACAUAACGCUCAGCAGCACUGCUGGAAACAUUGCCUGCCAGGGUAUAACGCUUGCCGAAAGCGUAAUCGUCAAGGCCUCGGGCAAAGGAAACAUUUUGCUGGAUAAAUUGCAAGGUGGAACGGUUAGCGCGUCCACAGAGACGGGAAACAUUACGGUUAAUGCAAGCUACUCGAACAAAAGCUCCUUUCAGACGAAUCAUGGCGAUUUGGAGCUAAAAAACAUCCACAAAGACUGCACCGUACGAUCAUCCGGUGGUAAACACUUUUGCAUGAACGGCUUCUAUGGUACACUAAACGCAGACGUUGGAAGCGAAAUCGUUACACUACAGCUAUCCGAAAUGGUUGGUAAAAGUAACGUGAAAGCUGUACCAUCGCAAGUUGUGAAUCUUAAUCUCGCCGAAACUGUGUACGAAACAUCUUCUAUCACCGUAAACGCGCCACAUUUAACGCUCGAUAGCACGACAGACGAUAAGGCUCAUCAACGGGACGGUACCAGCACCACACUGGGGAAGACUGAUGCUGAAAAUGCGUUGCACGUUGAAACAGACGGCACAGUUGUACUGCGGAAAAUGUCCUGGGCGGACAGUUUUUCCUUCAGUGGUAUGAGCCAGAUGAAGCAACAGUGA